UUCUCGCCUGUCUGGGCCGCGGGGCUCUGUGGAGCGGGGCUCAGGGAAGCAGCGGUAGGGUCUCAGCGCCUGGCGGCCCCGCGGGCUCUGAAAUUCUCCGUCCGCCCCCGCGCCGCGCGGACUCGUUGUCGUCCGCCGCUGCGGAGCGUUGUCAAGGGCUGCGUCCGGAGACACUGGACGCUAACGUUCUCACAUUCCCAGGCGACAGCCGCGAGCUGACUGGGCCGGAGGCCGGGCGGGCCCAGUCCCCCGCCGCAGUCCACGACUCCGGGCGGGACAGCCCCGCGGGCGGCCGGGGAGCCGAAGGCUCUGCCAGUCUUGGGAGGGUUGCUGAGAUGCGGGCCUUUGGUGAUGGGGAGGCUUGAGGACACGCAAAUUUUGCCGGAACAGGCCCCCCACCCCCCGCCUUUUCCCACCCCAACGCAGUCCUGUCUGUGGGCUUAAGUAGCCAGAAAGUUGCAGCUCUCCGGGUUUGUGGGCUUCACAGUCAGAAACUGCUGCAGUGCGACUCUUAGAGCCCAGGCUGAUAAUUGCCACACUGGCUCGAAAGCGCUGUGUUGGAGGAGACGUGGGAAGCCGAGAGAACCUCCCUGCUUGAAGGAGGCUUGUUCUGGAGCAUUCCCCAAAGCCACCGUGCGGGGCUUUUGUUGGUGUAGAUGGCUAAUGUUCAAAAUCAGUUCCACGUGCGUUCCUGGUCACAAACAUUAAUUACUAAACAGAAGAGAAAAUAAGAUGAUUGUGAAUUCUCUAAUAAUUUUUUUAGAAGUUUUUCUAGGGGCUUUGUUAUUUGUGACCACAAUGGAAAAUUUAGACAGUGAUGAUCUGAAAGCUGACAAACUUCCCAAGCUCAAGAACUCUAAAGAAUGGUUGCAACCACAACCCCUUUCUUUUAUGGAGGCAUUAGCUAAAGAAGAUAUUGAUGCAGCUAUUCAGUCAAUAUUAUAUAGAGAAAAUUAUGUAAUUAAGGAACUUGAUAAGUAUUUACAACAUCAUGACUUCUUAAAUGUAAGAAGAAAAGAGAUGUUAUAUAAAAAAUGGAUUGACUGUGUGGCAGAUCCUCUCCAGAAGAAAAUUAUAGAAAAAGUUUGUUCACAUAAGAAGAUUAAAAAAAGGAGACAAGAUGAAUUAGAUAGUUUUUUAAAACAUGUAAAUAAAAAGGGAAAUGCAUUUAUAGAGCAUUAUGAUCCAAAAGAGUAUGAUCCUUUUUAUAUGUGUAAAGAGGACCCGGAUUUUCUAAAGGUUACCAUUCCGCCGUUUCAUGACCCUUUGAAAAAGGCACAGUAUGACAAAGACGAUGAGAAAAGAACUCUUCUUCAGUGUGAGACUGGCAAAAUAUAUACAAUGAAAGAAUUUAAAGAGGUUGAGAAGGCCAAACUUCAUUCCAGAUUCCCAAGAAUUUCUAAUUCAAGGCACUUUAUGACUCCAAAUGAGUGGCUUAGACUGCCUACAAGCUACAUAGAAAGUGAAUUUUGUAAAAGGAGCAGGUUAAAAGUGAAAGUGAAUUUUAAUGAUAGUAGUUUUGACUUGAAACCCUUGGGAAGAGUUCCUCAUCUUCUGGAAUCCCAGGAAGAAGAAAAAGCAGUUCCUUACAAGCUUCUAGAAAGAGAGGAGGCCGUGGAUCCCCACCUCCCACUCAAAGAGAAAAAGGCAAAGGAGAGAGAAGAACCUGAGAGGCAGUUUCCUUUAUUCAGAGGAAAUGGAGAGUUGCUCCUGGGAGGUUUGAGCAACCAAGGAGCACAAACCCUGAUCCUUGAGUGAAAAAAGAGGACACAAAAGAAGGCUGCUUCAGAGGAAGCCAUCUGCCCGCAGGAAUCGUUCAGGCUGAGGCCAAGGAAGGCACUCAAGACUUGUUCUAAGAAAAGCAUCUGCAAUAAACUUCACUUACUUUUUGA